AGAUACAGAGCCACGGCAUCCCUACACAACCGUUCUGCACUGCUUCCCGAGUACAGCACCCCGCCAUCCUCAGGGCGGUCGUCGCCGUUCAAUCCGCAGCUUAAUGGCCAGCGUUUCGCGGAUGAUUUGGAAGGUCAGAAUGACGAGCAUCUGGAGGGCCUGCAGGCAAAAGUAAAACUGCUGAAGGAUAUCACCAUAGGCAUAGGGAACGAGGUCAGAGAGUCGACUGUUCAGCUCAGUCAGAUGAACGAUGCGUUCUCGGAGACGUCUGGUAUUCUUGCUGGGACGUUCCGGCGGAUGAACAACAUGGCGGCACGACAAGGGUGCCGGUGGCUAUGGUAUAUCAUCUUCCUCAUCAUUGUCUUCUGGUUCUUCAUCAUCGUAUGGUGGUUUCGGCGAUGA